UAUAACAUAUCAACUGUCUCUACUUACUUUACUAUAAAGUACUUUUCGUGCCCCCAGUUGAAAAGGGAGCUACACCUGUGCUUUCGCAGAGAUGAUGCUCCAGUUUUGUGACAAAAAACAUGGACAGGUUUUACCAGCAACAAAUCCAGCCACGUGCUCAUUAUUUUCAUUCGCUAUGACUCCAAAACAAUUCCACACUUGUGAUUUACCUCUCCAUCUAUUGUCCGUGCUAGUUAACACAUAUGCUUUCUGAAAAUAAAACAACAUAUUGAUGUUAAAAAGCUUCAAAUGAAUAACUGAGAAGUGUAGCUCCUGCUGAGCCAUGAUCAUCGCUCCCAGUCAGCACAUCUGGUGUUGCCGUGCUGUCCUGACCAGGCUCACUGCUGCUUAUCUGUUGUCAUCUGAGGUCAGGUGAGCUCGCAAUUCAGGGUAGUGAAGCUGCAGGUUGGGGUGCCAGCGCUGAACGUGACUUGUUUUUUUUUUUCCCCUCACAAUUUUGGGGAGCCCAGCUGUUUCCUAGCUCUGUGCUCUCCCUGUCCUCCUGUCCAUGUCUCCAUCUCCUCCCGUCUACCCUUCGAUUCCAGCCCUGGACUGCGACCUCCCACCCUCCCAGGAGAAUACUGGAGAUCCACACGUGUGUGAGGGGGAAGAAGCACUGGUCAGCACCCCCCUAUUGUAGGUCCGACCCAGAGCCAUCACCCUGAGAGAAAUAAUCUACGCCCAGUAACUGUGCUUCGUUUGUUCAGCCGAUCUCGACUGUGGAUUUGAAAAGGAAGCAAGAAGGGAAAUUGAGACAGAGACAGAAGGGGAGCCUCAGUUGGACUGGAAGAUGGAGCAGGCUGGCGGGCGCAGUUUCAUGGAGGUCAUCAGCGAGAAGUACAGCCCUGAGAACUUCCCUUACCGCAGGGGGCCUGGCAUGGGGAUCGUGGUGCCAGCCGGUCCACAGGGCUCGCCCAUGAAAGACCGCCUCAACCUGCCCAGCAUCCUGGUUCUGAACAGCUGCUGCAUUACCAGCGCGGGGGACGAGGGCGAGAUCGCCGCGUUCUGCGCACACGUGUGUGAGCUCGACCUGUCUGACAACAAGCUGGAGGACUGGCACGAGAUCAGUAAGAUAGUGUCAAGCAUCCCUCAUCUGUAUUUCCUGAACCUCACCACUAACCCGCUGAGCCGGGCCGUGCUGGACCCGGGCUGCUGCAAGGCAUUGGUCAGGGUGCGUCGCCUCGUCCUGAACAACACCAAAGUGUCAUGGGAGACCCUCCACACCCUGCUCUCAGAGAUGCCACAGCUGGAGCAGCUGUUCUUGUGCCUUAACGGGUAUGACACUGUGUCCCACUCAUCCUUGCGCUGCUCCUCUCUGCGGCUGCUGCACAUCACCGACAACAACCUGCAGGACUGGAGCGAGGUGUGCAAGGUCGGGGCCAUGUUCCCUUGCCUGGACACCCUCGUCAUGGCCAACAACCGCCUGACCAGCAUCACAGGCUCAAGGGAGAGCCUGGGCAGGACCUUCCCCUGCCUGCGCCACAUCAAUCUACACAACUCAGGUUUGAAUAGCUGGGGGGAUAUUGAGAAGCUGAACUUCUUUCCCAAGCUGGACGAGGUGCGACUGAAGGGCAUCCCCUUGUUACAGAACUACACCAACACUGAGCGCAGGAGCCUCAUCAUUGCACAGCUGCCCUCCGUGACCAUGCUGAACGGCAGCAACGUGACGGAUGGGGAGCGAGAGGACGCAGAGAGGUUCUUCAUUCGCCAUUACCUGGACUUCCCAGAGGAGGAGCUGCCGUGCAGAUACCAUGAAUUGGUGACGAAGUACGGGAAGCUGGCGCCCCUAGCAGAGGUCGACCUUCGACCCUGCUGCCACGCAAAGGUGGAGGUCCGCUGCGAGGGCAAAGUGGAGAUUGUGAGCAUCCGGCUGGACCAGACUGUGUCAGGGCUGAAGAAACAGCUGAGAAGUGUGGUGCAACUGUCCCCCAGCAGCAUGCGGCUCUACUACAUAGACAAGGACGUGUCCUGCCCCUUCGGCCCUGAGGAAAUUAAGUACAGCAAGCGGGCCCUGCACUCUUACAGCAUCAAAGACGGAGACGAGAUUCUCGUGGUGCCCAAAUCCAGACCACAGUCCACCCCCGCCGCAUCGUCCUCCACCUCCUGCUCCUCCUCCACCCCUCUCUCUCCCAGCCUCUAAGCACACACAGCCAGGAACAAAGAGAAACUGCGGCACUUUUUAUAUGCGCAUCACUCACUUUGUCAUUUAUUUUAUCCAGCUGUGUGUGGUUUUUUUUUUGUUGCAAUAUUGUAGGUUAAGCAAAGCUGAUUUUGUGUUAUUUUUUUCAGUCGCCCUCACUUCCGGUAGCCGCUGUUGUUUUGCUGUACACAUAGGGUUUUAGGUUAUCGUUUUGGUUAGCUUGUUCUUUCGAUGUUUCUGACAGGCGAGACCAGCCCUACAAUAUACCCUCUAAAGGCAACAGCGCUUUCUCCUCCAUCACUAUAGCGGUGCUUCUGACAAUCUUUGAACCUCCUGAGCAGUUGUGACAGAUCAACAAAGAGACACAAAAAUAACAAUAAUAAUAAUUAUUAUUAUUACAAUAGAAUUGCUAUUUUCUCUUGCAAAUCUCUUAUUUGACCAGCAGUUGUUCAGUGGGAAAAGGGUUAUUUUUAUUUAUUUAAUCAUUUUAAUGGCAUAGGCCAAUCAGAAAAUAUAUUACAGCAACUUCGUAUGUGUGUGACACACUGUAUCACAGAUGUCCUAACUAAUUCCGUUAAUGCAGAGGUGUUCCUCUCGCCUUAUUUAGAGUCCUCCCGUCUGUUGGGUUGCUGCUGAGUAUUGGCAUCACCCAAAGCUUCUAAGUCGUUUUUACGCAGAAGUGUUUUGGUUGUUUCUGUUGGAUGCCAUUGCACACAAUGCCUGCGAGGAUGUUUUAAAAGUGCCGUUCAGGUGCAACUAUAUUAACAAAAAGGUGUAGGCAAUG